CAUACCGCUGGAAAGGCAGGAAUUGUUUCCUGAGGUUAUGUCUGAGACCCGUGAUUGCGGGAGGGGGGCUUUCAGUUCCGGAGCGUCCACCAACAUCUAGUGGUUCCAGCUUGUCAUCUGGAAGAAGAAAAAGCACUGUGGUUAAGCUAGGAGUUUACAAGUACAUAGCGGCAGCUCCUACGUACCGGUUUGGCAGUCUCAACGUCGAGAUAACAUCUGAUACUCCACUCCCUUUUGAACUCUGCACAGCACACUGCUUCCAAAAAGGCACAGUACAACCACUUAUUUUCUUCUGACAGGAAGUACCAAGAGGCCACCAGGUCAGAGAAAUUCUGAGAUGUGCCCAUAGUCUUUAAUGGGUGCAUCCUGUGCAUCUACAGUGAGCCUUCCUUCAGUCCUGUGGACCUAUCUCUAAGACAGACGUUUUGAUUCUGCUGGAGGAGCAGUUUGUCAGCUAUUUCCAAGGAGCUGUAAUGUGCUGACAGUUCACUAUGGGCAGGCGAUACCCAGGGGCUUACUAUCGUUCGAGCAACUCAUUUGACUCCAGUUUAGACACAAUGUCAGUGCUUGUGGCAUCUGACAACAGCACAACAGAUGCAGUGAACCAGAACAGCCCUCCCAGCACGCUCAGUCUGCGCUCCUCACAUAAUGAACUUCUGAAUGCAGACGUAAAACAUCCGGAAAUAAAGAACACCACUCCCCCAAAGUGUAGGAAGAAGUACGCCUUAACUAACAUCCAGACAGCUAUGGGUCUGUCAGAUCCUGCCUCCCAGCCUCUCCUGGUCAACAGCUCUUCCAAUUUAAAGCUAGCAAAGAAUGGAGAAAAUCAACUAAGAAAGGCUGCUGAGCAGGGAAAGCCAGACCUGAACAAAAACAUCAGUUCAGUGGUAGGCAAAAACAUAAUCUCUGAAAAGUUGGAAGGUAAGGAGAUCAAUCCAUCAGAGUCUGCCUGCAUUGAGGCACUGACCUCUCAGCCCAGGAGAACAAAAAGCUUCCUUGAUUAUUAUGCUGAUCUGGAAACCUCAGCACGAGAAAAUAACCUUGGGACUUAUCUUCUAGAAGAGAAUUUUGGUCAGUCUAGUAGAGAGGACAAUGCUCUUGUCAUCGAUGAGGAUCUAUUGUUCAAGGAGGAGAACAUGAAGUCAGAUACUGAAGAUUGCAUUGUCACUACAGCAUCUUCAAGUCCAGAAACAAAGAAGGACCAACCCAAGACUGGGGCAAAAACUGACUGUGCACUAAAUCGAAUUCAGAGCCUGGCUCCAAGUGAUGAGGACUCAAGCUGGACGACACUGUCCCAGGACAGUACUUCUCUAAGUUCCCCUGAGGAAGCAGCAGAAAUAUGGAGCGACCAAUCAUAUCAGACAGAUCCCGAUCUUCCUGCUGGCUGGAAGAAAAUCAGUGAUAUUGCAGGGACCUAUUAUUGGCAUAUACCAACUGGAACAACACAAUGGGAGCGUCCUGUCUCACUUGCAGCAGAGAUCCAAGGUUCUCGAAAGGGAUCACUUAGCUCAGUCACCCCAUCACCUACUCCAGAAGAUGAGGUACAGCUGGAACUGUCCCAAAACAUGACAGUAAAUAUGCCUAAACUUCCGUGGACUGAUUUUGCAGUUCUGAAUGGGGGAAAGAUAAAUAGUGACAUAUGGAAGGACUUGCACGCGGCUACAGUUGAUCCUGACCCCAGCCUAAAGGAGUUUGAAGGAGCAACGCUGCGCUACGCUUCACUAAAACUAAGGAAUGUACCUCAUUCUGACGACGAUGACUCCAGCAGCAUAAACAGUGAUUCAGAAGUGAAGUGUUUUGCUGUGCGCUCCUUGGGCUGGGUUGAAAUGGCAGAAGAGGAUCUUGCUCCAGGGAAGAGUAGUGUUGCUGUAAAUAACUGUAUUCGACAGCUGUCAUAUUGCAAGAAUGACAUCCGGGACACUGUUGGCAUCUGGGGAGAGGGAAAGGACAUGUACCUUAUUCUCGAGAAUGAUAUGCUGAACCUAGUAGACCCAAUGGAUCACAGUGUUCUACAUUCUCAGCCCAUUGUCAGUAUUCGUGUUUGGGGUGUAGGCCGUGAUAAUGGAAGGUAA